CUCGCUCGCACUCACUCACUUACCGGGCUGAGUCAAGCGGAGAGGGCCCAUCCCCUUUUGCUCUCAGGUGCUCCCAAGUUUCGCUGUAAAUAUUGCAACAGUACGGAUGGUAACUUUUUCUUGCGACCUCAAAUCCGCCACCAGUUGUUGGAGUUCUCGAUUUUCGGUCUCGUGAGGAACAACUGUCCUACUGAAACUGUACUGUACAAACAGGACGACACAGACACAGCACAACAAAGGCUGCGAGAAAAGGGUGAAACAUGGCAAACUCAUCAGAUUAUGAGCGCUGCUCAACCCUCGCAGAAUGGCGAGCCCAAGCAGAGGCCAUGAGGGCGGCCGUCGCUUCUCUACCUGCUACCUCUACUAGUGUUGAAAACAUACAAGAUGCAGACUGGGACGACGAUGAGGUUGAGCGCGUGUACGAGCCUCGGGACGGGCCGCGCGAUGUCUGGGACUUCAUCUCGGAUGACGAACUGGACGAGAUCGACUUUGACAGUGGCGAUCUGUUUGACGGUGUCGAUGGCGAGAGUGAUGGCGCCUUUGAUCUUGCCUGGCUGGCAUCAAGAUGCGCCGACGUUUCGUCACGGAGAUCAGGUCUCUCGCCGGAGGCGCUGCAAGACCAGAUCAUGGACGUUCUGGGCGCCAGCAGACCGGAAGGCGAGCUUCAGACGUUGUUGACGGACUUGGUGGGAUUUGAUGACCUCGAUUUUGUCAUCGACCUGGUCUCGCAUAGGUCAGAAAUUGUCGCUGCCAUGGCUUCAAGCAGCCUUCGCGAUGCGCAGACGGGUCAGGCCCCGCGCUUGUUGACCAAAGCCCAAAGGCAGGAGGCGCUCAGGCGCAGAGACCUUGAGCACAAGGCUACGCCCUUGGCUGCAGCCCGUGAAAAGGAGGAGGACUAUCCCCACGUGUACAAAAGAUACAGUGCCGGAAACACCCUGAGCCAUACCGGGGCCAAGUACAAAUUGCCUGUGGGCAGUCAGAGGAUGGAGUUUGAAAAGUAUGAGGAGUACUCGAUACCUGCAGGAAACCCGGGCACUCUGUGGCCUGGCCAGAAGCUGGUGAAAAUCAGCGACCUGGAUGGCCUGUGCAGGACCACCUUUAGAGGAUACAAGACGCUCAACCGCAUGCAGAGUCUGGUGUAUCCGGUGGCCUACAAGACGAGCGAGAACAUGCUCAUCUGCGCCCCGACGGGUGCGGGCAAAACAGACGCCGCAAUGCUGACCAUCCUGCACACCAUCGGAGAGUACCUGACGCCGAGCCCAUUUGACGAUCCCGUGGCAACCGACUUUGCCGUCCAAUCUGAGGACUUCAAAAUUGUCUAUGUUGCCCCGAUGAAGGCGCUGGCGGCCGAGAUCACCGAGAAACUGGGGAAGCGUCUUGCUUGGCUAGGAGUGCGUUGCCGCGAGUACACGGGCGACAUGCAUUUGACAAAAUCCGAGAUCGUCCAGACCCAAAUCAUCGUCACGACGCCCGAGAAAUGGGACGUCGUGACUCGCAAGGGAACCGGCGAUACCGAGUUGGUGCAGAAGGUGCGGCUCCUCAUCAUAGACGAGGUACAUAUGCUUCACGACGAGAGAGGCGCCGUAUUGGAAUCACUAGUGGCGAGAACCCAACGGCAGGUAGAGAGCACGCAGUCUCUGAUCCGCAUCGUUGGUCUCAGCGCUACUCUUCCCAACUAUGUCGACGUGGCGGAUUUCUUGGGAGUCAACAAGCGGGCCGGCUUGUUCUACUUUGAUGCUUCUUUCAGGCCAGUUCCGCUUGAGCAGCACUUCAUUGGUGUCAAGGGCAAGCCCAACAGUAAACAGUCCCGAGACAACCUCGACCAAGUGGCUUUCGAGAAGGUGAGGGAGAUGUUAGAGCGGGAUCAUCAGGUCAUGGUAUUUGUCCAUUCCAGGAGAGACACCCAGGCGACUGCCAAGAUGCUCUACGAAAAGGCCACAGACCAAGCAUGUGUGGGACUCUUUGAUCCCACAGGGCACGAGAAGUAUGAGGCGGCUCUGAGAGACAUCAAAUCCACCAAGGCCCGAGAGAUACGGGACCUUGUGCCCAAGGGUCUGGGUAUCCACCAUGCUGGCAUGGCUCGCUCGGACAGGAACCUCAUGGAGCGCCUGUUUGGCGAGGGCGUCAUCAAAGUCCUCUGCUGCACAGCGACUCUGGCUUGGGGUGUCAAUUUGCCCGCCGCCGCGGUUGUCAUCAAAGGCACGCAAGUAUACAGCGCCCAGGACGGCAAGUUUGUCGAUCUUGGCAUCCUCGACGUUCUUCAGAUCUUUGGUCGAGCGGGUCGCCCACAGUUCGAAGAUGUCGGCAUUGGCAUGAUCUGUACCACUCACGACAAGCUCGCGCAUUACCUCACAGCCGUGACUGACCAGCUGCCCAUUGAGUCCAAGUUCUCCACCAAGCUCGUCGACAACUUGAAUGCCGAGAUUGCUCUGGGGACCGUCAACUCCAUCUCCGAUGCUGUGAGGUGGAUAGGGUACUCGUACCUCUUCGUUCGCAUGAGGAGGAACCCCAUGGCCUAUGGCAUCGAGUGGUCAGAGUACAAUGACGACCGCAUGCUGGUAGAAAGACGGCGCAAGCUGGCAAUCCAGGCCGCAAGGACCUUGCAGCAGAGCCAGAUGAUCAUCUUUAACGAGAACACCGAGGAGUUGCGCCCCAAGGAUAUCGGCCGAAUUGCAAGCCAGUAUUACAUCCAGCACACCAGCAUACAGAUCUUCAACUCUCUAAUGAAGCCUGACGCUACUGAAAAGGACAUUCUGAUGAUGAUUGCUAUGAGUGGCGAGUUCGACAACAUCCAAUCAAGGAACAACGAGGCCAACGAACUGAGCUUGAUGAGGCAGAAUAAACAUUUUGUGCCUUACGAUGUCAAUGGCGGUAUCGACAUGCCCCAGACAAAGACCAAUAUCCUGCUUCAAGCGUACAUAUCUAGGGCGCAGCCAGAGGACUUUGCGCUGACGAACGACUUGAACUACGUUGCUCAGCAGGCCGGCCGCAUCUGCAGGGCCUUAUUCAUGAUUGCACUGAACAGACGAUGGGGUUAUCAGUGUCUCGUUCUGCUCACAAUGGCCAAGUCAAUCGAAAAGCGUAUCUGGGCCUUUCAGCACCCUUUCCACCAAUUCGAUCUGCCGAAGCCCGUCCUGAACAACUUGGACACCAAAGAUUCGCUGUCAAUCGAAGCCAUGAGGGAGAUGGAGCCCGCAGAAAUUGGGAAUCUAGUCAACAAUUUCCGCAUGGGCAGCAAGAUUGCAAAACUUCUAGACAACUUCCCUACCCUGAGCGUUGAGGCUGAGAUCGCACCCCUGAACCGCGAUGUGCUGCGAAUCAAGCUCUACGUGACACCCGAUUUUCGCUGGAACGAUCACCUGCACGGGACAUCCGAGUCGUACUAUAUCUGGGUUGAAAACUCAGAGACGUCUGAAAUUUACCAUCAUGAGUUCUUCAUUCUCAACAGGAGGAAGCUGCAUGAUGAUCAUGAGCUCAACUUCACGAUACCGCUGUCCGACCCGCUUCCGAACCAAAUCUAUGUGAGAGCUGUCUCGGAUCGGUGGCUGGGUGCCGAGACUGUAACUGCCGUUUCCUUCCAGCACCUAAUUCGACCGGACACCGAGAGCGUAUAUACCGACCUCCUGGAAUUGCACCCGCUUCCAAUUUCGGCGCUCAAAAACUCAGCUUUAGAGGAGAUCUAUGCGCAGCGUUUCCAGUACUUCAACCCGAUGCAGACUCAGCUAUUCCAUACACUGUAUCAUAGGCCAGUCAACGUGCUCCUGGGCUCACCGACCGGGAGUGGCAAGACAGUUGCCGCCGAGCUGGCCAUGUGGUGGGCGUUCCGCGAGCGACCCGGCUCCAAGGUCGUGUACAUUGCGCCCAUGAAGGCGCUGGUCCGCGAGCGCGUCAAAGACUGGGGAACUCGGCUUGCUAAACCACUGGGUAUUAAACUAGUUGAGUUGACGGGUGACAACACCCCGGAUACUCGGACGAUUCAGGAUGCCGACAUCAUCAUUACGACGCCUGAGAAGUGGGAUGGUAUAUCCCGUAGCUGGCAGACGAGGGAUUACGUCCGGAAGGUCAGCCUUGUCAUUAUUGACGAAAUCCACCUUUUGGCCGGCGACCGUGGUCCCAUUCUGGAGAUCAUCGUUUCUCGCAUGAACUAUAUCGCUUCGUCCACCAAGAACCCGGUACGGCUUCUAGGGAUGUCGACAGCAUGUGCCAACGCUACCGACCUGGGCAAUUGGCUAGGCGUCAAGGGUGAGGGACUGUUUAACUUCCGGCACUCUGUACGGCCUGUUCCGCUGGAGCUCUAUAUCGACGGUUUCCCGGAAGUCAGGGGCUUCUGUCCCCUCAUGCAGUCAAUGAACCGGCCAACGUUCCUGGCGAUUUUGAACCACAGCCCCGACAAACCCGUCAUUGUCUUUGUCCCGUCCCGCCGGCAAACUCGUUUGACAGCAAAAGACCUUAUCAACCUUUGCGGAAUGGAAGACAACCCCAGGCGGUUCCUUCACAUGGACGAAGACGACCUGCAACUCAACCUCUCACGGGUCAAGGAUGAAGCGCUCAAAGAGGCCAUCAGCUUUGGAAUCGGUCUACACCACGCUGGGCUGGUCGAGUCGGACCGGCAGCUCGCAGAGGAGCUGUUCCUGAAUAACAAGAUCCAGAUCCUCAUAGCCACCAGCACGCUUGCCUGGGGUGUCAACCUGCCUGCACACCUCGUCGUCGUCAAGGGCACGCAAUACUAUGAUGCCAAGAUUGAGGCCUACAAGGACAUGGACCUCACCGAUGUGCUACAGAUGCUAGGACGGGCAGGCCGCCCGCAGUUCGACAGUUCUGGAGUCGCCCGUAUUUUCACACAGGAGUCCAAGAAGGACUUUUACAAACACUUCCUGCAUACUGGCUUCCCGGUCGAAUCUUCACUCCACACAGUGCUCGACAAUCACUUGUGCGCCGAGAUCUGCGCCGAAACCAUUGUCACCAAGCAGGACGCGCUCGACUACCUGACGUGGACCUUCUUCUUCCGCCGCCUGCACAAAAACCCGUCGUAUUACGGCCUUGAGAUCUCGGCGGAAGAGCACAACUCCACCAUGGCGCAGCAGCUGGCCAACGAGUUCAUGAUCUCCAUGGUCGACGCCUCGCUCGCGGAGCUCGUCGACUCCAAAUGCGUCGAGGUCUACCCCAACGGCGACGUGGACCCGACACCCUUGGGCAAGAUCAUGAGCUACUACUACCUCUCGCACAAAACCAUCCGCCACCUGGUGCGCAAGGCCAUGCCACAGGCCUCCUUCCUCGACGCCCUGUCGUGGAUGUGCCGCGCGACCGAGUACGACGAGCUGCCGGUGCGGCACAACGAGGACCUCAUCAACGCGGAGCUCUCGCGCAACCUGCCCUUCCCGGGCACGUCGUUCGGCCUGCCCAUGUGGGACCCGCACGUCAAAGCCUUCCUCCUGCUGCAGGCGCACAUGUCGCGUGUCGCGCUGCCCAUCACUGACUACGUGGGCGACCAGACCAGCGUGCUGGACCAGGCAGUCCGCAUCAUCCAGGCCAGCAUCGACGUCAUGGCCGAGCUGGGCCACCUCAGCAGCACGCUGCGCUUCGUGUCCCUGCUGCAGUGCGUCAAGUCGGCCUGCUGGCCCGACGAGCACCCGGCCCUGAUCCUCCCCAGUGUUGUUCCCGAUCGCAUGAAUGAGAAUGGCAAGACCGAGAAAAUGUCCAUGCGAGACGUUGCCGAGCUUGCGGCUAAUCAACCGCAAAAGCUGGCCCGAGAUCUCGGCGUGCCCAGUAACCGGCCUGACCAAGUAGCCCGCUUUGUCAAGGCCGCCGCGGCCCUGCCGCACGUCCAGGUGACCGUUGAGGACCUCCGUGCGGGUUCCCUGACGGUGGUGUUGAAGCGCCUCAACCCACUCGCGGAGCGUGACGCGAGGAUGUACGCGCCGCGGUUUCCCAAGCCACAGACUGAGGGGUGGAUUGUCGUGGUGGGCGAUGUGCAGACGGACGAGGUGAUUGCUGUUAAGAGGGUCGGGUGGAGCACCAGCAGUGGUGGUGGUGGUGGUGGUGGUGGUGGUGGUGGUAAGGGCAAGGGCAAGGGUAACAAUGGCGAUGGAAAUGGAAAGGGGCUGGAGGCUGGGCAGAGGGUCGGCGCUGCCAGGGCGUUGAUCAAGGUCCCUGAUACUGACGAGGAGGCUGAAGAGGGCAGGGAGGUGGAUGUCAUUGUGUUGAGUGAUGGGUAUGUGGGCAUGGAGUGGCGGAUUGAGGGAGUGAAACUGCCUGCGAAACCGAAGGUGGUUGGGUUGGAGAAACCAAGUGAUGAAAGAAAAGGGGCUGGUGCUCGUGCUGGUAGUGCGGGUGAGGGUUCGUCCUAGUGCGGUUGGGGACUGGGCGUAAGGAAAAAUGUAGAAUGGGCUGCGCUUUUGAAGGGCAAGGUAGAGAGAGAAUACAUGAUGUCUACUGAGCUA